AGUGAGCCGAAGUGGCGGCGCCGCCCCUGGCCAUGAGGCGCCUGCGAGAGCUCGGCUCAGCCGCCAUCGGCGGCCCUGGCUCGGGCGAGCCCUCGCUGGACGUGCCGCCGGCAGCAGAUGCCGCGGUCGUGCUCAGCGAGACGGUGCGCGGGUUGUCCAUCACCCAGAGCAAGCUGUACAUGGCGCUGAAGCGGCUGCUGGUCGUGGUGGGGCUUUGCUCUACGUUCUACAUCCUGUGGUUUGUGUUCGAGCUGACGACCGGCUCCUACAAGCCCGACGGCAGCGACCUGUGGAACGGACAGGCGGUGAGCGACGACAGCGACGGCGCCGGCACCAGCGAGGACGGCGAGAGAGGCACGACGGGAAUUCUCGGCCUGCUCAUCCAGCUGGCGGUGCCUCUCUGCGGCUACAUGGGGGUGACGCACGGCAGCAGGCAGCUCACGUGCUGCUUCUGCGGCUGCAACCUCUUCAGGUCCCUCUGGGCGCUGACGGCCCUGCUUAGACUGACGAUGGAUGGGCAGCUCGAGGCCAGCGUCAGCAGUCUGAGGUACGUGCUGUUGGUGCAUAGCCUGAGGUGCGUCUUGUGUGCCAUCGCAUUCUGUCUUGGCAAUCACGCCUACAUGCUGAUGUCUGGGGGCCCUCGCCCGUCCCAGCAGUUCCUCUUCCCGCUGGUCGGCGAGAUCGUCACGAUGCCGCCUCCCAGGGCGACGGCGGGCGUGGGCGUCCCCACCGCCGAGGGUGUCCAGGCGUAGCCACAGAGCGUGGCACGGAGCGGCUCGUGGCGCUGGGCGCGGCACUGCGCUGGGCGCCGCUGCACCUCCGCUGGUCGUUCGAGCGAGCCCUUCACCCCGCCGGAUGAUACGGCGCCAAGUCUCCGAUUCCGAGUGUUCGUCACGGGCCUUUCAAAAAUGCCAUUUCGUUGAUCGAUGGCGGAGCCCAUCGUGUGUGGGUCGAGGGAUUCGGGGGAACCUCUUGAUUCAGAGUGGCUACGGAGUGCGCUCCUAGAUUGGGCAGCGGCCUGGGCACCACUUCAGUGAACGAAUGUGUGUGUAUAUAUAUGCACCAGCGCACAAAUGUUUGUGCCUAUAUGUCUACACAGGUCGGCGGAUUUGCACAUGUGUGUAUGUAUGCGUGAGUGAUUCCGCAUGUCUUUACAUGCAUGUGGCCAGUUGGUGUCACCUGGACGCCUGUAUCUUGGCCUGCCUGUCACACCCUUUCGCUGCGCAAGCGCGCAGCCAGCUCCGCUCAGCGACGAUGUUUUGAAAUGUGCGGGUGCUUAGUUUGUCUCUCCACCUGACUUCUUUCAAUUCCCAUCACUAUCAACUUGCAGGUCCCUCUACGGCUCAAGUAACCUUCUGGGCGCGAGUCGCCAGCACGCGUCAUUGUAUAGCGCUGCUUCCAUCAUCGGAAGGACGUAGCGCCGCUGCGACGCUCCGACCAUCAGGGUCGUGUGGCGUCACCGCCACGCAAGCCCACUCACGCAUUUGCAUCACUGGGCACACGCAGGCAGCUCCGAGGAGGUUCCUCCCCCCUUGACUGUACAGGUAGAGCGUGGAGGAACUUCCAUAGGAAUUGGCAGCAUCUGUUGCAGGCUAUCGCUGUGCUGCUGCCUGCGUGUCUCAGUCGCGUGCGUCCUAUGCGACAUGUCGUGCACCUGCCACUGUGACUUGUGUACGACACUAUCUGGCACAGAUGGCGAUGAGCUCCGUUAUCUAGAUUCAUCAGGAGGGGAGAACUGUUCCUGGCCCGAUCACCCCCCGUGCAUGCAGGACCUAAUUUCUGGAAUAGUCUUACGUGAUUCAUGGGACUGUCUGCGAUGAGCAUCCCGAUGGUCGGAUGCAUCUGUAAAUUUUCAGGGAGGCGCCUGGGCCCUUUGCGAGGUCACUCCAGGCGCUGGAAGUGUGCGUUGCAUGCUCGUCGGCUCCCGACAGGGAUUCCUGGUGACACUAUUCGAAGCCUGGCCAUCACCGUCGCCCCGACAUUUCCAUAACCAUAAUCUGCUCCCACUCCGCGCCCUGACCCUGGUCUGACUAGAACCCCAAGACUUGGAGGUUCCCAAACAUUGAGGCCCUAGCGGAUGUGGCGGGAGCUCCUGUUCGCGCGGGCUCUCGCGUGCCCGAUUUUUUCGCGAUGUCCACUUGGGUAUGUGCUGUUCUCGUGGACGGCCAGGUUCAAGUGGGCAGCCCAGGGCAGCCCUGCACUCGCUGUCUUAGCGGAGAGCUGUGUGCCUCCUUCGCUGAGCUCAGUUGUUGGUGAUUUGACGCGUUAGCAGCAUGUGCUUCAGAGUAUGGGUGCCGAGCAAUACGGAACAAUCCGCCUGGUUUCGGACUCUGGCCAUGCAUUUUCCCUGGGCAUGCCAGGUUGUGAAAGCAUGCUACGGAUGAGCACGGCCCAGUGCGUCUCCUGCACGACAAAGCAGCAGGAGGAGGGGGAUCACACACACACACACGAGUCGGGGUGGCCCGUGCAUACCAGCCCGAAGGCUGUCGCCGGGCCGCUGGCGGAGCUCCC